CAGUAGUUGAGGCGGGCUGCAGGAGCCUGAUUUGUUUUUGAGUCGCUAUCUGAAGUAAAAUAAACUGGUUAUUUGUGUCGGGCUAGUUUUUAUAAACCUUUUAACAACUUUAACACUAUUAUACUAUAUUUAGCUACGUGUGUGUACGCUUGUUUUGUUGGCUGAACCCGGUUGUUUCGGAUAAAUUAUCUAACUACGGUUAGCUUAACAUGCUAACUAACUAACUAGCUAACUUGUAAACACGCUUUACCCACUCGCAGGUCAAACCGGUUUACUUUCCGAUUAAUUCAGUUUCUUAACCAGUCCGCUGUAGCCGGAAAUCACAGAGGUAACAGUUAGCGUUAAAUUAUGUCGUUGAGUUCAGUUCAGCCCGCGCUGUCCAGUCUGAAGACAUGUCAGGUGGAUAUUGGGACAGGGAUGGACAUCGUGUCAGAUGUCGCUCUGGAUCUGGUGGAAGCCCAAGGCACUGAUGACAGUCCGAGUUUAAGAAAAUUGGAGCAGAUGAUGUUAGAAUGCGCUGCUCUGGACAGAGAGAUAAACUGUUUUGUGGAAUCUGUUGAGCAGACGACAGCUCAUGUGAGACGAGAACCUCCACAGGCCAUGUUCUCGCUGUUAAACUCUGUAAAGAAUCGCUUUGCUGAACUAAAGGACAGGGAUUCAGACGUUCAGAGACACAGCAAAGUAGUGGCUUUCAGAGACAACAUCAGGAAAUCUUUGGCACAAGUGAACCAAUCAGCGGCUGCCCAUGUUGAAGAGGAGCUGGAUGAAGACAUUGCUGUUACACAGAGCCAGACAAACUUCACAUGUCCUCUUACCCAGGUUGAGAUGGUAAAUCCAGUACGAAACAAGAAGUGCCAACAUUACUACGACCAAGAAGCUGCACUGACCAUGAUCAAGACCAGACACAACAACAAGAAGAAGUUCCGCUGUCCUGUGGUCGGCUGUUCAAACUCGGAUGUGAAGCAGUCAGAUUUGGAGUUGGACCUGGUGAUGAAGAGAUUGAUCCAGACCAACAAGAGGCAGAGUGGGAAGAGCUGAGUUUGUACAGAAUUAGGAAGAAUCGUAAUCUUAAUCUCUGUUAUUGGUAAUUAUUUCUGUUCGUGGAAUUAUUUUGUAUUUUAAAAUUUGUUCACAAUGUUUUUUUUUUUUUUCAAAUAAAUGUUUCUUAUUUUUGU